AUGGAAGACGAAGAUAAUGCCCCUCGAAACCGAGGAAGCUUGUUGCCAUUUGGGGACGAAGAUCACGAAUUCGUUUUGAAGUUCUUUCCGAACGGAAAAGACGAGGACACUUCGAGCUAUUUGUCACUUUUCCUCAUGAUUGAGAAAUGCCCUCAACCUCGUCUGCAGUUUCGCGUCAGCUUCACCAUUGAAACUAUGGAUGGGCCCCGUAGUUGCGCCCUAAAUAAAAAUCUCGUGACAAUAAAUCGGUCUGGGAUCGUAACUGCUAGCAAAUUCUUUUCCAUUGAUGUUCUCAAGAACUGCGCUUCCAAUUAUCUUCCAAAUGACACACUCACCAUCGGCGUUGAUCUUGUGAUUUACGGGGAAUCAAUUUCAUAUACCACGAUUAUCGAUACCCCUCCGAUUCGACGAAAAGUUUUAAAACGUAAGGAAAGUGACGAUGCUUCUUCUUCUUCUUCUUGCGGUCAUGACAGUCACAUAGAUAUUUCGAGAUACAAUACUGAGCCUUUCACUAGUUUCUUAGAAUCGGGCUAUUUAACCGAUUUCACCAUAAUCUCAUCGGAUAACCGCGAGUUUCCGGUUCAUCUGACGGUUUUAGCCCAACGAUGUCCAUAUUUUAAGGCUAUGAUAAGUAAUCGAAUGGAGAAUAAAGAAAUGACCGAAAAAAUGGUGAAAUUUGAGGAUAUUAGUGGGGACGUUUUGGAAAAAGUCUUGCAAUACAUAUAUGAUCCGGCAAUUUCAAUAGCCGAUUUUCGAAAUCUUGAGGAAAUAAUGUUGGCUGCAGAUCGAUUGAUGUUGGAACCGCUCAAAAGCGAAUGUGCUGCACUUCUAGGGAAAAACGUGAAUAUUUUCAAUGUCCUGAGACGACUGGAAUUCGCCGAUUUGAUUGGAGAUUCUGCAUUUUUUGAACGGCUUCUGAGUUUUUUCCUAAUUCAUAAGAAGGAAUGUAUGGAAACUGACGUCUGGAAGGAGUAUAAGACUAAGAAUCCGGAGCUGUUGGCAACGAUUCUCGAAGAAGCCAUCAAGUUAUAUGAGCAAUUAAGACUGCCCCGUGAAAACUUGCCGCCGACAAUCCAAGCAUUGUUCCAAAAUUAA